GUGUUCCUCCGGUCUUCACAAAUCCUCCCGAUGCCACCACGCGUAUUAACGUCGCAGAGAACACCGCCGUGACGACGUCAGUUUUUCAGGCAGCAGCGACUGACGGCGAAAGCGAUCCCUUAACAUUUAGUCUAGUGACGCCACCUACUGAGUUUACCAUCACAACAGCAGGGGAGAUAACUGUGAAUGGAAACAUAGACUUCGAGACUACAGCUGUAUAUACGUUGACUGUGAGGGUGAACGACGGAACAAACGACGUUGACGUGACUCUCACUGUUGAUGUCACAGACGUCGAUGAGAAGCCAGAUUUCACAAACAUUGCGACAGAUGGCAGCACAACAGCUCCUAUUGCAGAAAACUCGGGUGUUGGAAGUUCCGUUUUCACGGCUCUGGCAUCCGAUCCGGAAGGAGCAACUGUUACGUUCUCACUGGUCACCCCGCCAGCGGAGUUUGCCAUCAGUACCGUAGGGGUGCUGACAGUCAACGGGGCUUUGAACUUCGAGAACGUCCCGUCAUAUACUAUCACAGUCAGAGCUUCUGAUGGAACCAACACCAACGACCUGUCUAUGACAGUGUCAAUCACCAAUGUGGAUGAAGCUCCAGUCUUCUCUAACUUGGCGACAGAUGGCAGUACGAGAAUAGGCAUCGCUGAGAACUCGGGUACAGGAACAUCUGUGUUUGCAGUGGCAGCUUCUGAUCCAGAAGGGGUCACCUUGACCUACAGCCUUGUCACACCACCUGCUCAGUUCACUAUCACAGCCCUUGGAGAGGUGCAAGUAGCCACUGCCAGCAUCGACUUUGAAACACUGGCAUACUAUGCCUUGACAGUCAGAAUAACUGAUGGAACAAAUCCUGUUGAUGUUAUCCUUAACGUUGACAUCACCGACGUCAACGAAUCACCAAGCUUCACAAAUAUUGCAUCCGAUGGCAGUACAAAUGUCAACAUAGCCGAGGACUCGGGGACCGGCACGUCUGUUUUAUCUGUAGUGGCAUCGGACCCAGAGGGAGAUGCUCUGACAGUAAGUCUGGUUACUCCUCCUACCGAGUUCACUCUCAAUGCAGCAAACCAGAUUCAGGUGAACGGACCUCUGGACUUCGAAACUACCACUUCUUACACACUGACAGUCAGAGUAACAGAUGGAACAAAUGCAAAUGUUGACCACACCAUGACGGUGACGAUCACCAAUGUAGAUGAGGCACCCACCUUUACAAGUCCUGCUGCAGAUGGCAGUACCAGGACCAACCUAGCAGAGAACUCUGGCACAGGAACAUCCGUGUAUGCUGUGGUAGCUUCUGAUCCAGAAGGGGUCACCUUGACCUACAGCCUUGUCACACCACCUGCUCAGUUCACUAUCACAGCCCUUGGAGAGGUGCAAGUAGCCACUGCCAGCAUCGACUUUGAAACACUGGCAUACUAUGCCUUGACAGUCAGAAUAACUGAUGGAACAAAUCCUGUUGAUGUUAUCCUUAACGUUGACAUCACCGACGUCAACGAAUCACCAAGCUUCACAAAUAUUGCAUCCGAUGGCAGUACUAAUGUCAACAUAGCCGAGGACUCGGGGACCGGCACGUCUGUUUUAUCUGUAGUGGCAUCGGACCCAGAGGGAGAUGCUCUGACAGUAAGUCUGGUUACUCCUCCUACCGAGUUCACUCUCAAUGCAGCAAACCAGAUUCAGGUGAACGGACCUCUGGACUUCGAAACUACCACUUCUUACACACUGACAGUCAGAGUAACAGAUGGAACAAAUGCAAAUGUUGACCACACCAUGACGGUGACGAUCACCAAUGUAGAUGAGGCACCCACCUUUACAAGUCCUGCUGCAGAUGGCAGUACCAGGACCAACCUAGCAGAGAACUCUGGCACAGGAACAUCCGUGUAUGCUGUGGUAGCUUCUGAUCCAGAAGGGGUCACCUUGACCUACAGCCUUGUCACACCACCUGCUCAGUUCACUAUCACAGCCCUUGGAGAGGUGCAAGUAGCCACUGCCAGCAUCGACUUUGAAACACUGGCAUACUAUGCCUUGACAGUCAGAAUAACUGAUGGAACAAAUCCUGUUGAUGUUGUCCUUAACGUUGACAUCACCGACGUCAACGAAUCACCAAGCUUCACAAAUAUUGCAUCCGAUGGCAGUACUAAUGUCAACAUAGCCGAGGACUCGGGGACCGGCACGUCUGUUUUAUCUGUAGUGGCAUCGGACCCAGAGGGAGAUGCUCUGACAGUAAGUCUGGUUACUCCUCCUACCGAGUUCACUCUCAAUGCAGCAAACCAGAUUCAGGUGAACGGACCUCUGGACUUCGAAACUACCACUUCUUACACACUGACAGUCAGAGUAACAGAUGGAACAAAUGCAAAUGUUGACCACACCAUGACGGUGACGAUCACCAAUGUAGAUGAGGCACCCACCUUUACAAGUCCCGCUGCAGAUGGCAGUACCAGGACCAACCUAGCAGAGAACUCUGGCACAGGAACAUCCGUGUAUGCUGUGGUAGCUUCUGAUCCAGAAGGGGUCACCUUGACCUACAGCCUUGUCACACCACCUGCUCAGUUCACCAUCACAACCCUUGGAGAGAUCCAAGUAGCCACUGCCAGCAUCGACUUUGAAACACUGGCAUACUAUGCCUUGACAGUCAGAAUAACUGAUGGAACAAAUCCUGUUGAUGUUAUCCUUAACGUUGACAUCACCGACGUCAACGAAUCACCAAGCUUCACAAAUAUUGCAUCCGAUGGCAGUACAAAUGUCAACAUAGCCGAGGACUCGGGGACCGGCACGUCUGUUUUAUCUGUAGUGGCAUCGGACCCAGAGGGAGAUGCUCUGACAGUAAGUCUGGUUACUCCUCCUACCGAGUUCACUCUCAAUGCAGCAAACCAGAUUCAGGUGAACGGACCUCUGGACUUCGAAACUACCACUUCUUACACACUGACAGUCAGAGUAACAGAUGGAACAAAUGCAAAUGUUGACCACACCAUGACGGUGACGAUCACCAAUGUAGAUGAGGCACCCACCUUUACAAGUCCUGCUGCAGAUGGCAGUACCAGGACCAACCUAGCAGAGAACUCUGGCACAGGAACAUCCGUGUAUGCUGUGGUAGCUUCUGAUCCAGAAGGGGUCACCUUGACCUACAGCCUUGUCACACCACCUGCUCAGUUCACUAUCACAGCCCUUGGAGAGGUGCAAGUAGCCACUGCCAGCAUCGACUUUGAAACACUGGCAUACUAUGCCUUGACAGUCAGAAUAACUGAUGGAACAAAUCCUGUUGAUGUUAUCCUUAACGUUGACAUCACCGACGUCAACGAAUCACCAAGCUUCACAAAUAUUGCAUCCGAUGGCAGUACUAAUGUCAACAUAGCCGAGGACUCGGGGACCGGCACGUCUGUUUUAUCUGUAGUGGCAUCGGACCCAGAGGGAGAUGCUCUGACAGUAAGUCUGGUUACUCCUCCUACCGAGUUCACUCUCAAUGCAGCAAACCAGAUUCAGGUGAACGGACCUCUGGACUUCGAAACUACCACUUCUUACACACUGACAGUCAGAGUAACAGAUGGAACAAAUGCAAAUGUUGACCACACCAUGACAGUGACGAUCACCAAUGUAGAUGAGGCACCCACCUUUACAAGUCCCGCUGCAGAUGGCAGUACCAGGACCAACCUAGCAGAGAACUCUGGCACAGGAACAUCCGUGUAUGCUGUGGUAGCUUCUGAUCCAGAAGGGGUCACCUUGACCUACAGCCUUGUCACACCACCUGCUCAGUUCACUAUCACAGCCCUUGGAGAGGUGCAAGUAGCCACUGCCAGCAUCGACUUUGAAACACUGGCAUACUAUGCCUUGACAGUCAGGGUGACUGACGGUACAUUUACUGUUGAUUCUACACUCAACGUUGAUAUAUUGGACGUCAACGAGCCUCCUGUUGUGUCAAACCUCGCUACAGAUGGCAGCACCUCCGUUAAUAUUGCUGAAGAUGUUGUUGUCGGUUCAUCUGUAUAUGAUGUCACAGCAACCGACCCUGAGUCAGCAACGUUGACCUUCACUCUUCUCAGUGGACCGGCAGAAUUUACGAUAACUUCCACUGGACAAGUGCAAGCUAAUGCAGCAUUGGAUUUUGAAACGACGCCUUCAUACACGCUCAAUGUCAGGGUAAGUGAUGGAACAAAUGAUGUUGAUCGCGUGCUAAAUAUAGGAAUAACAGAUGUAAACGAAGCUCCUACCUUCACGAACGUUGCUACUGAUGGCAGCACGAGGACGUCCAUUCCAGAAAACACCGCAACAGGGACGUCGAUCUUCACGCUGGCUGGUAGUGACCAAGAAGGAACUGCUGUCACCUUCUCACUGGUCAGCCCUCCCAGCGUCUUCUCCAUCUCCGGGGCAGAGAUUCAGGUGGCAGGAGGACUCGACACAGAGACUACUGCAACAUACGCGGUUACAGUAAGGAUAUCUGACGGAGUAAAUUCCGUUGUCUCGGUCUUGAAUAUUGAUGUGACAAAUGUGAAUGAGGCUCCCGGUUUCACAAAUGUUGCAACUGACGGCAGCACAAGGAUAUUAAUCAUGGAAACAGCGGCUAUCGGUACAUCUGUGCUAAGUGUCGGGGUAGCUGACCCGGAAGGUGAUCCCGUGACCUUGACACUAGUGUUACCUCCAGCAGAGUUCAUCAUUAAUGCGGGGGGACAAAUCCAAGUGAACGCUGCUCUCAACUAUGAAACAACGCCAACCUUCGUCCUGACAUUACGAGCUUCUGAUGGUACUCUGCAGACAGACAUACAGAUGAGGGUGGACCUUGUGGAUGUCAAUGAUGCGUCUCCGAACAUCACUGGUCCUCUAACCGCCCAACAGGAUGAGGGCAAACCUGCAGGCACGAUUGUGCCUUUUACAUUCUCUGUGUCGGAUCCGGAUGCUGGGGAUGUACUGACACAUUCCUUGACUGGAAUCCAUGCCACCUACUUCCUGAUUGACGCGAGCUCAGGACAAGUGACGCUGGCCCAGGUUCUUGACUUCGAUGCCCCGGCAGCAGUGACGACCUUCGACCAACUGACCUUGACCGUGACUGACUCGUCAGGGAACAGUGCUGUAGCAGCUCUAGUUCUCACUCUCCUUGACGUCAAUGACAACACCCCAGUCUGUACCCAGUCUGUGUAUACCGCGGAUGUGACCGAAAACGCGCCACUCAAUUCUGAUGUUGCCACAGUAGUGUGUACAGACGCGGAUGCUUCUUCGCCAAAUGGAGAUAUUUCAGUAGUUCUCAUUGGAGGAGAUGACAGCAAUCCGGAUGAGAAGUUUAGUCUCUUUGGUCAAAAGGUGGUCACUACCUUUAUACCUCUGGACUUUGAGACCAAGAACUCUUACAGUCUCAGACUGGAAGUUCUGGAUGGUGGUGCGACACCUCGUACAGGAACCACAACUGUUCUUGUUAACGUUCUACCAGAGAAUGAAGGCACACCGGCAUGGGGAACGUUCGUGCCUGCGUACGUAUCAGGAACACCGUAUCCCGUGUCAGAGAAUGCCAACGUUGGUACAUCUGUUGUUACCAUAGCAGCAACAGAUUCAGAUGCUGGGAAUGAUGGGGCAGUCACGUUCACUCUACUCUCAACAACUGCAGUUAGAGCAUCUGAUGGAGGAACUCCUGCUAAGACAGUAGACCGAACAUUCACAAUCUCAGUAGCAGAUUACAACGACAAUGCACCCGUCUUUACAUCAGCCCCAUAUUCCAACUCUCCUCUGGAAACUGCAACGACAGCAGGCGCAACAAUAGUAGCAGUAGCGGCAACAGAUGCUGAUGCAACGUCAACCUUGGCAUAUGCGAUAGAGUUUGGGGACACUACUAGAUUCCAGUUCAAUGCAUCUGGUCUUGAACUGAUAACUGCAAUCAACCCUGACAGUCCAGCCAAUGACCCUGACUACUAUGUCCUCAGGAUCAUUGUGACCGAUGGUGGAACACCGGAGCUGACUGGAACGACGUCCGUGACGGUAUCCGUUGUGGCAGUCAAUGACCACGAUCCUGCAUUUGCUGCUGGCUUCCCAUCAACUGUCUCGUUUGCAGAGAACACCGCAGUAGGGACAGUAAUUGAAACUGUGGCCGCCAUAGAUCUCGAUGCUGGCAGCGAUGGACAGAUUACAUAUUCUAUUACAAAUGGGAAUACCAACAAUGACUUCACCAUCGAUCCAGCAUUUGGUAUCAUCACACAACAAAACCCAUUAAAUUUUGAGACGACCCCUUCCUACACGCUUCAAGUGACUGCUAGUGAUGGCGGAGGCACUGUGAGAUCGGCAAUAACAACAGUGACAAUCACAGUUACCAACAUCAACGACAACUUGCCUUCCUGUGCUUCAUAUGCUGUGUUCGUGACUGUGCUUGAGAGCAGCAGUGUCAAUGAUGUGGUAACAACGCUAUCGUGCACUGAUGCGGACACUUCCGAUGUCUUGUCCUAUACGAUCAUCUCUGGAAACGCUGAUGGGAAAUUUGCACUCAAUGGAGGCACUGGUUCUCUUUCAUUAGCUGCAACUGUGGACUACGAUUCUGCCACUACAUCGUACACCCUGCAGAUUCAAGUCAGUGACGGAACCAACUCAAGGACUGUCACUGUUUACGUAGAUGUUGGUGCUGUAAAUGAAGCCACGCCAACUUUUGCAACACCAUUCCCUACAGUGUCUGUAUCUGAGAGUGACCCUCCUGGAACUACAGUCCACACCUACACUGCUGCAGACUCUGACUACGUCCCCCACGCUGUCACAACGUAUACUAUCAGCACUGUGACCCAAGGAGGCCUGUCCCUGUUCAGCAUAGACCCGUCCUCUGCUGUCAUCACCCUGGCCUCCAGUGUGGACUACGAUGCUCUUCCCGCUGGCACCAAGUUCUAUCUCCUUACCCUCACAGCUGCAGAUGGCGGCGGACUUCAGGGGACUGGCACGGUAACAGUCAGUGUGACGGACGUCAAUGACAACAUCCCCUCCUGCACUCAGUCCAGCUGGUCACAGAAUGUGGCAGAAGAUGUCGCUGUAUUCCCCACAACACUUAUUGCAAGUUUGGGAUGCUCAGAUGUUGAAGAUGGAACAUCACUGACCUACACUCUUGUGCAGAGUCCAGGGUCUCACUUUGGUGCAACAGCAGGCGCUGUAACAAUUGAAAGUGCUGUUGAUUAUGAGGCAAACACUGGCCAUACUUUGACCAUCACGGUCUCUGACACCGGCAGUCCUGUGCAGUCAACAACAGUCACAGUUAACAUCAACGUUGUCAAUGUCAACGAUGGCCCACCAACAUUUACUGGAACAUUUUCCGCCACCAUUGCUGAAGACAGCGCCAUUGGGAUAUCCGUUGCUGAUGUUGUAGCCACAGACCCUGAUGGAAAUAAUGCUUUAGGAAGUCCUGUUUAUUCUAUUCAGGGUGGUGACCUCACUAAUCAGUUCACCAUAGACUCAAAUACUGGAAGAGUGACAUCUAUUGCUAACUUGGACCGAGAAACAAAAGCUAGCUAUGAUCUCAUCAUCAAAGCCAAGGAAAGUGGAGACAUUGGGACUGCCACAGUUACACUUACUGUAACAGUUGCAGAUGUAAACGACAAUACACCAUCUUGCUCUCAGAAUUCUUUUGUUGUGACAGUCAGUGAAGCUGAGGUCGCCGGAUUCGGUGUCAACACAUUCACGUGUACAGAUGCUGACACGACUGGAACUGUAACAUACAUCUUGUCAACUGGAAAUACGAUCAAGUUCGAAAUGAGUUCAAACAUUCUUCAGUUGAAGUCACCCCUUGACUUUGACUCUGGUGUGACAAAAUAUGAUGUUAUUGUUACAGUAUCUGACACCACAAAUAGCGUGUCUAUCCCCGGAACAAUUCAUGUUGGAAACGUUAAUGAGGCUCCGCCAGUGUUUUCACCAGUGGUAUAUCCAGUAUCUCACAGUGAGAAUCUGGCACUGGCCUCCACAAUAGCACAGGUAACUGCAACAGAUGCAGACUCCGCCUCCACUUCAGAUGGACAAAUCACGUAUGCCUUCAUAGCUUCGUACCCUUUGUUUGCGCUGGACUCGACUUCCGGCAUCAUCACGCUUGUGUCAUCACUGGACAGAGAGACGGAUGCAACUCACGACCUCCUGGUUACAGCAACAGACGGAACAACCUCAGUAACUGCCACUGUCAGUUUGACCGUCACAGAUGAAAAUGACAACACUCCUGUGUUUGGUUCUGGGUCCUACAGUGGCAGUGUGUCUGAGGGGGAUGCUGUUGGAGCUAGUGUCGUGGUUACCGUUGCUGCAACUGACCUAGAUGACCCUGCCACUGGAGGAAAUGGACAAAUAGCAUUCUCAAUUAUCGGCGGAAAUACGAACAGUGACUUUACGAUCGAUGUCAGCAAUGGCGAGAUAAGAACAGCCAAGUUGUUAGACUAUGAGACAGCUGUGUCCCACUCUCUGAUAGUGAAGGCAGUCGACAGAGCAGGGGAUGCACAAUCCAAGUCCGCUACCACAGUUGUAUCAGUUACAGUCACUAAUGUGAAUGAGCAUAACCCAGUGUUUACCCCAACAACUAUCAUCAAGUCAGUCCCUGAAAACACAGCUAUUGGAACUCUCAUCCAUCAGAUCCUUGCAACGGAUGCCGACAGUGGCACAGAUGGAGAUCUUACUUACACCAUGGCAACACACGCCACAUUUGCCCUUGCUUCUGAUGGUGCUCUCACCCUCAAAGAUAAUCUUGACUUUGCAACUGCCAGUACACACUCACUUACUGUGACAGCAACUGAUGGUGGAACACCAGCUAGAAGUUCAGACGUCACUGUGACAAUCAACGUCAUUGACGACAACAAUAACACACCAACAUGCUCCCCUAGCUCCACGACUACCAUUCAAAGAGAAGACUACACUGGCAAUGUAGCUACUUUGACAUGCACAGACCUGGACACAGGAGCAAGUGGUACACUUUCCUACAUUAUAGAAUCCGUGAAUGCUGUUGCUGGGAGUGGUUCGUUUUCUGUUGAUGCGAGUGGUGUUGUUUCUACAACAGGUUUGGAUUAUGAAACUGCCACUUCACAUUCAAUUAUAAUAAGAGUUGAAGAUGGUGGUGUUCCUGCCCGAACAACAUCAGCUACAGUGAUUGUGUCAGUGACAGACGUCAACGAGGCUGCUCCAGCAUUCCUUGGAACGCCAUUUAAUCCUUCUAUGGCGGAAUCAGAGGCAGUAGGAUUUACAAUACUUACAGUGACUGCAACUGAUGCUGACACUGCCAAUAGUGUUACAUAUUCCCUGACAGACACAACGAACUUAAUCAUAGGAUCUGCCACCGGAGUAAUAACUCUGAAGGUUCAACAAGACAGAGAAACCAAUCCAACUGUGAUUGUUGAUGUAUGUGCGACGGAUUCAGGCACAGUUGAUGCAAUCAAAUCAUCAUGUGAAACUUUGACACUCACUAUAACAGAUGUCAAUGAUAACCUGCCAGUGUUUAAUCCAUCAACAUAUACAACAAACGUUGACGAGAACACACCCACAGGGACGACUGUGAUUACAGUAACAGCAACAGAUGCUGAUGCUGCAGGUUUUGGAACCAUUACCUAUUCCAUAGAAAGUGGCAACACGGGCACUGUGUUCAGCAUUGCAUCAGGCAUUAUCACAGUUACCGACAGUACUGGCUUAAACUUUGAGACGACCCAACUGUUUACACUCACAGUGAGGGCCACUGAUGGUGGGGGACAGACAAGUGACGUCAUCGUGUCCAUAUUAGUCAAUCCCAUCAAUGAAAAUUCUCCAACGUUCAGCCCUGCUUCAAGCACAGAAACUGUCCCUGAGAACAGUGUAGUGGGACACGUUGUUAUUGACCUUGAUGCAACGGAUAGUGAUUCUGGACCAGAUGGACAAGUAACCUACAGUAUCAUAUCAGGAUCACUUGGGAAGUUCAUAAUUGAUCCAUCGACUGGCGUUGUGACUGUAAGCGACGUACUUGAUGCUGAAUCUGUGUCAUCAUACACUGUUACAAUCCAGGCAUCGGAUGCUGGAACUAAUCCGUCACCCCUGAGUGGUACCUACAUCCUAACAGUGUCAGUGACUGAUGUGAAUGAUGUAACACCAUCUUGCACUCAGGCAUACUACUCAACUGCCAUAACGGAAUCAACAGCGCCAACAACAUCCGUUCAACAAAUUGUGUGUUUUGACUUAGAUAUGAAUGCUCCUAACAAUGUGCUCAGUUAUGCCAAAAUUGCAGGGGAUCCAGGUAACCUGUUUGAUGUGGAUGCUUCUACAGGACUGGUCUCUGUUGCUGCAGCAGCAUCCUUUGAUAGGGAGACGACUGCGUCAUACCUUCUGAGUGUUACUGUCACAGAUGGUGGAGCCACGGCACUUUCUGCAGUCAUCCAAGUCUUUGUCAGCAUCACAGACGAGAAUGACAACACCCCUGUGUUUGGCCAGAACCCGUAUACGCCCAGCGUAGCUGAAGAUGCUAGCCCUGGAACAGCUGUUGUGACAGUAGCAGCAACAGAUGCAGAUACUGGAUCGAAUGGAGAUGUAGUGUACUUCAUAUCAACAGGAAAUUCACUGGGCCACUUUACUGUGGACUCCGUGACAGGAAUGGUGUCUGUUCAGGCAUCUCUUGACAGGGAGUCAUUAUCUUCAUAUGUUUUGGAAGUGAAGGCCCAGGACAAAGGGACCCCCACAAGUCUUACUGGAACGUCUACUGUCUCGAUAACUGUAACUGAUGUCAAUGACAACUAUCCUCUUUGUACCUCAUCUGUAUACUCUGGCAGUGUACCAGAAGAUGCUCCUCUAUCCACGUCUGUUACCACUGUGUCCUGUCCGGAUGCUGAUGUUCCUCCUAACAAUAACGUUGUGUACACAAUCACAGCAGGCAACACUGGGAGUGUAUUUGCUAUUGGAUCUACAUCAGGAGUGGUCACAGUCAAUGCAGGUCUUGAUGCAGACACACAGAGUGCGUACAGCCUCACAGUACAAGCUUCAGAUGGAACCCUCACUACUGAUGUCAUUGUAACUAUCACAGUAUCUGAUGUCAAUGAGCACGACCCAGUCUUCGCUCCACCCGGACCCUAUUCCGAGUCAUUCAGUGAGGACACAGCUUUAGGAACUACGAUAAAGAACAUUAAUGCAAAUGAUAAUGAUGUUUCCAAUUCUGUUCUAUCAUUCAGCAUAACUCUAGGAAACGCAGAUAACAAAUUUUGGAUCGAUCCAACAUUGGGGACUGUUGUUCUUCAGGCAGCUCUUGACCGCGAAACCACAGACACAUAUUCCUUGACAGUAGAAGUUGCUGAUGGAACAGGAGCCGGGAGUCGCACAGCAACGACUCAGCUGACAGUUUUAGUUCUUGAUGUAAAUGACAAUGAUCCAAUUUGUGCUCCUUCCAAUUAUAUCAACACACUACCAGAAGAUUCCAGUAUUGGAACAACUGUUAGCAGUCUAACAUGUUCUGAUGCUGAUUCCUCUACCCCACCCUGGCUUACAGUAUCACAACGGGCAAUGGAGAGUAUUGAUGAAGGAACGGGAGAAAUUAAAACUGUUGGUAAUUUAGACAGAGAAAGCACUGCCUCAUACACUUUGAGAAUUCGUGCCACUGAUGACUUUGCUGGUUCAGGGGCUGAGCGUAGUGCUGAAGUGGACCUCAGUUUAACAGUUGGUGAUGUGAAUGAUAACAUCCCUGUGUUUGUACCAAUCCUCUACAUCAAAGAUGUUCUUGAGACAGCUCCAAGUGGAUCUACAGUUGCAGUUGUGACUUCCCGAGAUGAUGAUGAUGUUCCAAAUGCAACACCCGUGUACUCCAUUGUUUCAGGAAAUACGGGAAGUGUAUUCAACUUUGUGGCAAACGAACUUCUCUCAAAUGCAGCCUUAGACUUUGAAACUUUGACAAUGUAUGAUCUUGUCAUACAAGUUUCAGAUAGUGGAACACCACCAUUGACAUCAAAUGGCAGAAUCAUCAUAAAUGUACUAUCUCAAAACGAGUUUGCUCCGAUUCCUGCUGUCCCCAAUGAUAGCAUCACAGUGAGCGAGCUAAUCCCAGUGGGAACCAACUUCUACAAUGCAAGUGCUGCAGAUGGUGAUUCAGGAACUGAUGGGGAAUUCUCUUGGAGUAUCACAAAUGGAAACAGCCCUGAGCUUUUCUUCUGCAGUCCACAGUUAGGAGAACUGUAUACAUCGUCCGUUCUCGAUUACGACACACCUCCCAACACUCACAACAUUACGGUUGAAGCACAAGACAAAGGUGGUCUGACCGGGUCAUUCUGGCUUGAAAUUGUACUUCAGGAUGAAAAUGAUGAAGUCUGUCUGAAGAUGCUACAGUGGGGAACAAGUGUGACGACUGUAUAUGCCACAGACGCCGACUCAUCGGCUAACAACAACAACGUCUUCACCUACAGUCUCACUGAUGCAUACUUUGAUGUCAACCCUGUGUCUGGGCAGAUUUCACUGAAAACCCCUUUGGACAGAGAAACUAUUUCAAGUGAAGACAUCGGUUCUGGAACCAUUGUCUUCACUAUUGCAAACUCUGACAUAGAUAGUGGUGUGAAUGCUGAACUUGUGUACUCUAUCGAGUCUGGAAACACUGAUGGAGACUUCAAGAUUGAAAUUGGAAGUGGUAUUGUUCAAGUUCAGAAUUCACUGGACAGGGAGAGAACCGCCUCCUACAACCUCGUCAUCCAUGUAACGGAUAAAGGAGCCCUCCACUCCACUGCUUCUGUUACCACUACAAUAGUGAUUGAUGAUAUCAAUGACAACAAUCCAGUCUUCAUCUCACCUUUCUACACAUUUAACAUAGCCGAAAACGUUCCUUCAGGGUCAUCAGUUGGCACAAUACAAGCUACAGACCAAGACAGCUUAAUAAAUGCAGCUCUGACGUAUGAAACUGUUGUCUUUGGAUUGUUAUGGACAGAGAGGUGGACGUGGACUUCAAUAAUAACCAUUUUAGCAGUUGACAAUGGGACAGUUCCCCUGACUGCUUCAGCUGUGGUGUACAUCACAGUUAUCGAUGAAAAUGACAAUGCUCCUGUCUUCAGCUCUACAUUUUACAACACUGAGAUUGCCUACACUGGCACCUGUGACAACACUAUUGUGACUCUUACUGCCACUGAUGCUGAUUCUGGAUUAAAUGGACAGGUGUUCUACGUCUUUUCCCAGAACCCUUAUGGAUUUUUUCUUUGCUGUUGGUGCCAGCUCAGACCCCCAGUAUCAGUCAACACCAAGUAUGUUCUGGAAGCCUCGAGGAACGAUGGUGGUGUUCCUUCACAAUCAACCAGCCCGGCAGCAUCAAUUCGGGUGGAUACAUUCGACCCCAAUACAGUGGCCGUCGUUAUCAAACUUGGCAUAAGCAAAACAGAUUUCCUCCUCAGACAGGAUCAGUUUGUGUCCCAGUUCAAGGCGGUGAUGUCAUCCAGAUAUCCUUCAUGUCUGGUACGGAUCUGGUGCAUCACGGAGAGGUCAGGCGAGACGGCAGUAGCAGCACCAACACGGCGGAGACUCCUCACCUCAAGUCCAGUCGAUAUCAGCCUCGUGGUUGUUGCGGACAACUCGACUGAGUCGGCAAACAACCUAGCCCAAGGCAAGACUUUCGUUACUUCCAGUGAUGUCACCAGUGUUGUUGCAUCUGACCCGUCCGGGACUCCAUCACCAGCACUGCAAG